CUGCACAGAAAGUGAAAGGAAAUUGAUUCUUUGUAUUUUUCCUGUCUGUUUAGAAAGUGUCUAACAGGAAGUUCACCGUGUAGUAGAGCUGGUUGACCUCAGGCUAAACAGAAGUCGAAUAACAUACAGUUGGAUGAAUAUAAAUACAAUUGUGUUCUUGUCGUACACUCUUCCUGUAUAACUUGGUUACGCUAUUUAUCACAACCUGAAGCUGAACAUAGUUUGUCAGGAGUUUUUACCAACUAUGGCAGAACUAUAAAACUGACUCGUGUAACAUGCCUUGAUAUCCAGCAUACUUGUUUAAAAGGACCAUUAACGGAUUACUUGAAGUAGUCUACAAUCACGUACAUCCUACGGUGAACUAAUCGCCAUUCGGUAUGCCGUUAUCGAUACUAUUUGCUGUUGUCUGUCUGAUCUCUGUGUUGAGUUUUCCCGCCAAUUCUGCUGCAAACUCUGGAUGGCAGUCGUAUCGUUGUGGAGCCCCUAAUCCCGUCAAACACGGAUCCAUGUCAAUCAUUGGAGAAGGGGCGUAUGCUUCCUACUUAUGCAACCCCGGCUUUGCAUUGUAUGGAGCACGAAAGUUGCGUUGCCUAGGCAAUGGACAGUGGUCAGAAGAAAGUCCACUAUGCGUAGCUCGUGGUUGUAAUCCUCUACCCAAGUUCUCUAAAGGGCGAACUUCGAUCCGCAUGAACGGAGCCGUCGUGGUCUAUAAAUGCCCACAGGGGAAAUGGAUCCGGGGUUCUAAGACCAUCUUCUGUAAUGGCGAACGCUGGAACGACACCGUCCCAACCUGCAAGGGUAACCCGUCCUCUCCAGAUCUAGACUUCCUACCGAUCUCCAACUGCCCGUUACCACCCAAGGCCCAUGGCGCCGUUGCUGUGAAGGGUUUCGAAUACGUGACCUACACAUGUGUCAACCGUACAGUACCCACGCUUGGUUCAGGAAUAUUGAGAUGUCUUUCUAAUGGCGAGUGGGACAGGCAACCUGUGGUCUGUGCAAGACCAGGAUGCUCCCGCCUCACUGAGCCAACCAAUGGACUCAUCAUCGAGAAGUUCGGCCUUUCUGUGGCGGAAUUCCAAUGCUUCCUCAACUUUCACCUCCUCGGCUCCCCCGUCUUGUUCUGUGACGGUCGGCGAUGGAACGGAACCAUUCCCUCCUGCGUCCAAGAACUCCCGCCUGACCCCUCACCACCUUACUCUGGUCCCGAGGAUGGACCCUUGCAAGAGUUUACCGUCCAGGACGGCACGAGCUGUGGUCAGUCACGAACCAUCAGGCACGGACAACCCAGCUACUCUACAGAGUUGGAUGACCGGGGUAACACGUACUGGGCUGUGGAAUAUCUGUGUGAUCCUGGCUAUCGGGUGCUUAGGAAUGAUAGACUGUUUUGUUCUGCUGGUGUCUGGAUCGGUGAAGAGCCUCAAUGUGUUGCUUUCUGUGGCAUUAAUAAUGGGGGUUGUUCACACAACUGCCUUAGUAUCAACGGGCGUGCAACUUGUACAUGUAGACCAGGAUAUAGACUUCACAUCAAUGGGAGGAGCUGUAAUGAUGUGAAUGAGUGCGCUCCAAACAGUGGACGUGGACCAUGCUCUGAAUCCUGCAGUAAUCUGGAAGGUGGAUACGAAUGUAGGUGCCAGAGAGGAUACAGACUCAACGUCGAUGGGCAUUCAUGCUCAUAUCAGCCGACUGAUCCGUGUUCUCGCAUUCGUUGUGCGUACGGAUCAUGCGUGUCCGUCAACGGGUCAGCGUCGUGUCAGUGCGCAAGAGGUUUUGUGCUUUCUCGAGACUUACGGACAUGCACAGACAUCGAUGAGUGUAAGACAAUGAGAGGACGGUGUGAGUUCGAGUGUCGGAACACAUACGGUAGUUUCCAGUGUCUUUGCCCUGCAGGCUGGGCCUUGAAUGACGGGGGAAGAUGUCGAGAAUGUGUUAUCAAUACCUACGUGAGCUCUAAUGGUAAGCGGUGCGUGGCAUGCCCCGAGAACUCCAGGACUCGUAGCUCUGGUCAGACAUCUAGUGUAGCAUGCAUCUGUGAUGAAGGCUUUGAGAAAAACCCAGGAACAAGUUCCUGUGAUGAUAUCAAUGAAUGUACCACACGUAACGGAGGAUGCCAGCAUUUAUGUCAGAAUACGGACGGAUCAUACUUCUGUAAAUGCAGGCCUGGUUAUGCGUUAGAUACUACGGAUCAACAUUCAUGUAUAGAGAUAGAUGAGUGUGCCCUGAUGAGCAAUGGAGGCUGUCAACAUGAAUGUAGGAACUCACCCGGAAGUUAUUCAUGCACAUGUAUGGAAGGUUAUGCAGUCGACCCUUACGAUCGGUAUCGAUGCACAGAUGUGGAUGAAUGUUCCUUUGAUAGCUCCAGAUGCGAGCAAGUUUGCAUCAAUACUGACGGCGGGUUUUACUGCGAAUGUAACUCUGGAUUCACACUCAAUGCUGACGUUAGAACAUGUAUAGCUGAUGUGUGCCCGCCCCUGCCAUCACCAGACAAUGGUCUGAUCAACAGAUCUUGUAGCAUCGGACUAGGUGGAGAGCGUUUGCGAGUUGGAUCGACGUGUGUCUAUGAGUGUGAUGUUGGAUUCGGAUUGAAAGGAGACACGGAACGGUCAUGCUUAUCGGGUGGUCAGUGGUCUGGUGUUACUCCUAUGUGUGUCAGGAUACAGUGUCCAACGCUCUCGGCGCCAGAGCAUGGUAGAACGACGCCAGAGGUUUGCCGGCAAGGGCCCAUGGCAUCCGGGUCGACGUGUCGAUUCAAGUGUACUAGUGGGUAUAACCUGCUGGGACGUGCUACCCUGAGGUGCAACAAGAAAGGGGUGUGGUCGAACAGGGCCCCCAUCUGCUCAAGAGAUGCCCUAAUACGAUGUCCUGAUGACGUCACGACCCGGUUACCACGUGGUGCAUCUGAGAUGGUCAUCGACCUUCCCGAUCCCGACCAUCUUCUGGACAUGGUCAAUACCACCCAUUCAUUGACUGAUCAGUUGUUUGGUGCUGGUCAAACAAUGGUCACGUUUACAGCCUACACGAUUGACCUCAAUACUCAAGUGUCCUGCACAAUGACAGUGACUGUCAUAGACAAAGAGUCACCUAGAGUAGUACAGUGUCCACAGACACACACUAUAAAGACUGAACAGCAAUAUGUGACGUCACUUGAUGUACCACAACCUAUCUUCAGUGACAAUGUGGGUGUCACCAACGUUACAAGGACCAUAGAACCUGCUGGUCUCAUCACAUUGGGUACAUAUACGAUAAAAUAUGUUGCAUCUGAUAGCAAUGGUAACACGGCUUCUUGCAGCACAUCUGUUACUAUACAAUCUCUUUCUGAAGAUUGCGGGAUCCUUGAUGGUCCUUUGAACGGCAACCAUUUCUGCACACCAUGGCUCAAUGGACAGAUAUGUCAGCCCACCUGCUUGCCAGGUUUCUUUUUCUUCGAUGGUCCCUUGGCUACACCGACGUACAUCUGUGGUCGGGACGGGCGUUGGGACCCAGCGAAAAAAGCGCCAGACUGCACGGCAUUCUCAUUCGUUGGGAACACGUCAGUGCCGUGUGCACCCGGGAAGGAGAUGAAAAGUUAUCCUGCCAUGGAUGGGGUGGCAUGCAUGGAUUGUCCUCGUGGUAUGUACUCAUCGGACCUCGGACCUGCCACCCAGCCCAUCUGCAAACCAUGUCCUCAGGGUCUCUAUCAGGAUAGGCAGGGUCAAAUCUCCUGCCAUGUAUGUCCUAGCGGUACUACCACCACCUCCACAGGCGCCACCAACGUCAGACAAUGCAAAAGUCUCUCGGCACAAGCUAUCGAAGCAGAACCACAGCCCUAAUCUUAGCUCACUGGGAAUCAUUAGCACAGGAUAUGCCUGCCUUUCUUCUAGAGAAUUUCAUGAUAUCUACUCAUCCCUUCUUC